GAGGGAUUUCCGUUUGCUGCGGGGCUUGGAGGGAAGUCUGAAAACAAUGUACCGUAGCUUCAUCGAAAAGUAAAAAAACAAAAUGUAGAUAAACUGUGAGUUAUUGCUUUAGAAUCUGAAACGCUCGCCCAAUCGUCCAAGCUGCAUUGAAAAAAAAAUCAUGUGAACGUUUUGCCGGCUUAAACUUUAGGAAAACGUAGUUUAAUGUACGCAAACAAUAGCUGGAUUUCUGCAGCUUGCAAGUCGCCGUUAGCUCUGCUUGCUAACGUGAGCCAGAGCCACGUAGUUUAUUACGCGCUGCUCGGAAGAUGUUCACAGUUUAGAUAAAUUAAAAAACAAGUAUCGCUGGCCAUGGAUCGACACACGAGGAGACUGACGAGUCAGCUGUGUAAAGCGGUGAAUGAAGGAGAUCCCAGAUCUGUGCAGCAACUUCUUUUACAAGGCGCAAACCCCAAUCUGGUGGGUACCAAAGGGGUAGCUGCUGUACACUUAUCUGUUGGCAAAGAAACUGAGAAGAACAUAAGAUGCUUGAAAACCUUGCUGCAAUAUGGAGCUGACCCCAAUAUAAGGUCAUCAGAAGGCCUCACUCCUCUUCAUGUUGCUGCACUGUGGGGAUGUUAUCAAAAUCUCAAGCUGCUCUUGAUGAACGGAGGGAAUCCAUAUAUCAAAGAUAAUGAAGGAAACACUCCACAGCAGCUUGCAGAGCAACAGGAAAAUCGAAAAUGUGCCCAUCUCCUUCAGGAAUACCAGGCUGGCCCAACAGACACUGAGGAGGAUGACAUACCUCAGUUCCAAUACUCUCUGUAUUCCGACCAGACAGACAUGUCCAGCUAUCCUGAAUCGGACUACAGCUUCAGUUCCCACACAUCCAUGAUAAGUGACUUUGGAGAAGCCCCACUGAGCAGCACAAGGCGCUCAUCAUUUUUUAACCUGUCUAACAUUAAUGGACGACUAAGUUGCAGAAGUGUAUCGCAUCACAGACCAUCUUAUCCUUCCAUACUUUCAAGCACUCGCAUGUCUGCGGUGGAGCCUGCAGCUGCAGUAUCGAAUCUUAAAGAAGAUGGCAAUUGUACCGAUGAUACCACAUCGAAAGGCGAGGAAUGUACUGCUUCACCUGAUGGCAUAAUCCCUCCUUCCAACUUCCCUGCAGUUUCCUUCAUGCGAGCAAGUCAGAAGAGCGUGAGCUUCAGGGAUGACGUGGAUGAAUAUUACCCUGUUUUCAGCCCCGAAUCUCCCCAACAGAAUCCUGCUGUUGAUGGCUGCCAGCGCAGCUUACCUUUUGACAUAUCUGAGUAUUCUGAUUUCCUGGAUUCAGAACGCAUGGCUACUAUUUUACACAAGCAGGGCAUUGACGCCACAUCACCGGAUCAUGUCUACAUUUUCUGCAGGGAAAGCAGUGAGAGCACAGAAGAGGACUUGGAGAAAACAGUCCUUGUUCACUGUGCUUUGGAAGAAAGUGAUGAUGAACAGGAAACAGAGCGUGUAAAAGACACUCAGGGGAACAGUGAUGAAAACAAAGUACACUGCCAUGCCGCCGGCAGCAGCAGUGGAACUAGUAGUAGCCAUUAUAGUAGCUGUGAGAGUGACCAUUACACCAGUGCUCUGGAUGCCUCUGUAAACCCUGAAUGUCUUUCACUUAGUGCAGCAGAUGAUGUUUCUGCCAAGACUGCAUUAGACAGAAAGACUCUGAUUUCUACAAAUUCUGAUUGUGAACUUACAAAGAUUCAUAUGGAAGCUAAUACUGAUUCCAAACCUCAAACGGUUGAGCGUUUAUCAGGUAUGCUUAAUAAACUGACCUUGUCUGGAGUAAAAAAUCCAAACAAUGAUAUAGUUCAGGGUUGUGGUGGUAAUGAUGUAGACAGUCCAAGUAAGGAAGAUGUUGUUGAGUCCGCAGCAGUAGAAGAAAAAAGUGAUCAUCCAUUCACACCCAGUCCUUUUGUAACAGGCAGGACACGCUCAAGAAUGAGCCGUUGCUCGCUGAGAACAAGCAGAACUGAGAGCCUCUCCACAUCUUUGUUCGAAGAUACCCUGCCUACACCAGUUCGAAUACGCCGCCAGACUCCCAGAUCUCCAACCAGUGAAGAGUUUUAUAACUCACCACGCUUACCAUCCAGUGCACACUGCUUUUCAGGCAGACCCACAGAAGGAGGGUGCUUGUCUGUGGACUGCCAAGAGACACAGUCCAGUACUCUCAGAGGCUCAAGUGUUAGUAACAGCCAGGCUGAUACGCUUCUCCUCUCUACAAGUGUGACAGACUCUGCUGUUCAGUCACAGACUUUGUGUGACACGUUUCUACUCGAGAGCAAUAAUGACAAUUCAGUCAGUGCUUAUGAGAGAAACAUUGCAGAGAUUGCUUUUGCUAUGCAGGAACAGAACUGUAAUCUCACUGAAGACGGGGAAUUUCUGACUGACGAUCUGACAAGUUCAGAUGAGACAACUACAAAGAGAAAUGUAAACGAUACCCCUCAUGAGGAGCAGGUAGAAAGCCUAAACAAUGAAGAUGCCUGGAUAACUAGGGACUGUAGCUCUCUGCCAGACUCUGUGUCGUCAUCAUCCACCUCCAGCUAUGGUUCUCCAAGGAGAUCCAAGGAGGACUCAGAUUUUCCCUGCACCCCAGGUACUGGCUGCACACCGAGGUACAGCAUGAGCAGGCUUUCAAGCUGCCGUAGGCCACAGCACCUGGCUAACCUGUCCUACACCCCAGGAGGGCGUCCACACAUUCAGGAUGUGGACGAACCAGUAGAGUACCUGUACACAGAUACCGAACGCGGCCACAAACUGAUUGAGACCCAUGUCCCACCUACAGCAGAUACCUCCCUCAGCUCCAGCGUGAGUACUACCAGCAGUGAGGAGACCAUACUUUAUGACUGGCGUACUUUGCAUGCUGACAUGGUGGACAGCAAAGAAAAAGAGAAUCAGAAACCCCAGGUGGAGGUACAGAAGGCGGAAAAUGAGAAGUGUGUGGACAAUAUUUUGCCAGAAAUCAGAGGGAUAACUGACAAGGAGCUCAGAUCGAGGCUGGUGGAGCUGGGGGAAAGUCCAGGCCCCAUCAGCAGUCGUACAAGGCCCACCUACAUGCGAAGACUGUGCCGCCUGGUACAGGAGUCCAACUGCCAGUCACAAUAUCAACAGAAGAAGUUAGAGCAACCACAAGCAGAUGCAGGUUACAGUCCAGAAUUGUGUAGGGUUCUGGAGACCUUUAAUCUUCCCAAUUGCCAGGCUGAUGAGCAGGCUUUGUGCCAGCAGUUUGACCAACCAGAUCAGAACAGGAAGUGGAGAGAGGGCAUCAUCAAGUCCAGUUUCAACUACCUGCUGCUUGAUCCAAGAGUGACAAAAAACCUUCCCUUUCGCAGUCACACCAUGACCCCAAAGGAGUGUUUCCAGACUUUUAUCCAUGCUAUAUUUUAUGUUGGCAAAGGAAAACGCUCCCGUCCCUACAGUCAUCUGUACGAGGCUUUAGAAUACUUUAAAGGUGACAAAACCUCAAAGAAACUGUGCUCCAAAGUCCAGCACAUCCUUCAGGUGUGGAACACAGGGCAGGGUGUCAUCUCUCUGCAUUGUUUCCAAAAUGUUAUUCCUGUGGAAGCCUACACAAGAGAGGCCUGUAUGGUGGAGGCGAUUGGGUUGAAGAUGCUCACGAAUCAGAAGCGAGGGGAUUUCUAUGGCAUCGUGUCCAACUGGCAGACAAAGAAGAAACGGGAGCUCGGCAUCCACCUGCUGUACCGUGCCAUGCAGAUCUUCCUGGCUGAGGGUGAAAGACAGCUUAGACCAGCUGACAUCAGACAGUAGAGACACCCACUUGCAGUGGGGUAUGAACUGCUUAAACACCAGAAGGGAAAAUACCACUACUUCAGAAGACGACGCAAUCCUUCAUUUUACAAAGAUUGAGUAAUGACUUUAAAAUUAAGAGCUCUGGAACUUUUACCUGAAUUUUAUCAUCUUUUGCUGAUAAACUAACACUGAAUCCUCAUACCCAGGGAUUUGCAGUUUGACAAAUGUGACAUUAAGUUCAGUUAUAGCAUCUUAAAUGUAUAUCGUGGUCAUAUUUUAAAAUAUCCUUCUUCAAAGUGCUCUUAGCGUAUUUAACGCUGCGCCAUGAGCAGAGAAUGAUGGAUUUGAACCCCAACUAGCAGACAUUUUCUAUUGUUUCAUAUUAUGCUAGCUGAGAUCUUUUACUUGUAGUUUUUUUUAAAGAGUACUUGAGGAUUUCACUUUGAAAACACACAUUUUGCAUUAAAUUUUUUCAUGGAGAUUGAAGAGCUAUUUUCUGAGCAUACUUUGUUUGGUCUGGCCAGAUGUGGUUAACACGAUGACACAAUAUUAUCACAAAACUUUAAAAAACUCAAGAUUUUAAUAAUAGAAAUCAAGAUCAAGCUAUUUACUACAAACAUUAUUCCCAUUUGGUUACUUUUGUUGACUCUUGUAGAAUAAAUUGGUUAUGACUGCAAAAUUUUCCAAAGAAGCAAGGAGAGCAGUAAACACAGGAACACCUAAUCAGGUUACUAUUUCUGUUUUUAAAAAAAUGUUGUACUUAUCAGGGCUUUUUAACUGUGGGUUAGCAUGUUAGGUUUCCUAGAACCUCAUUGUGUUCUAAAAUAGGAUCUUUUGUCAUUUGUAAAUAUAGUAUUUCAGUUAAAUUGCAUUAAAAAAAAGUUGAUGUGGGUACAUUUCUAUCCAGGUGUUUACAAAAUCAGCAGUAGAGGCAGGAUGCUUUAGCGUUGUGGGUCAGCUACAGACAAAUGUUACACUUUAUUGGCAAAACAUUUGAUCUAUUAUGAUUAUUUCUGCAACUUUCUGAUGUUAUGAAAUAGAUGUAUCCAUUAUUAAUAAAAAAAAG